AUGUACAAGUCCGCCAUCCUCAGCGUCCUGGCCCUCUGCGCCUCCGUCGUCGUCGCGACCGAGCCCGACACGACCACCACCCUGACCGCCACCACCACCCUCACCCAGACCGUCACCCUCACCUCGUGCGGUCCCGAGGUUCCCGACUGCCCCAUUCGCAGCACCGAGACCCCUGAGCCCUCCGAGGAGCCCAGCUCGUCCAUCGUCCUCCCCUCCAACAACGCCACCGUUGUCCACCCCACCGGCUCCAAGCCCCCGUCAUCCUCCGUCGCUGUCCAGGGUGGCCUUCUCUUCGCCGCUGCCCUCCUCGGCCUCGUCACUCUCAACUAG